AUGCCUGUCGCCUUCUCGGGGAAACGCUUGGGACGGUGGCUGCUGCUUCUGCUCUCCCUCAGCCUCAGCCCCUCGGGAGGGAGCCCCGCAGAUCCAGCUAUGACAACACAAGAUGCCAGUCAGUCUCAGGCAAACUCUAUGACUAAGAUGCAAGCUGGACUUAAUGAAUCAUCAUCUGGUCCACAUCCUACCCCACAAGAAUUCAAGCAGGCAACCAAAGAGAAUGUGUCCAAUGUCACUUUUGUGAAGUAUGAGGUACUUCUACCUGGUGCUUCUGGUACUCCCAUGGAAAAAAAUAUCACUUUGGAGAGCGCAGCUAGAAUUGAACUUUCGUGCAAAGUGGACACUAAGUAUUCUCAUUCGAAAAGCCUUCAAGUGACUUGGAGAAAAGGAAAUGAAACAAUCAAACACAUUAAUAAAACUGAAAACAGCUGGAGCAUCCAUUUGCAGAUUCUGGAUAACAGUAAACUGGGAAGUUACACUUGUACGCUGAAAGGUGAAGAAGAAAUCAGUGCUGUGUUUCAUUUACAAGUACCAAAAAUUGAAGGAAAAGAAAAACCCAUAGUCAGUUAUGAAGGAGAUACAGUUGUAAUGAUUUGUAAAAGUUUUGGCUAUACUCCCAUUGCCUGGACCUGGUAUAUGGCCAAUGGAAGUGAUCAGGUUGUCAUUAAUGACUCUUUGCUGACAGACAAGUAUGUGAUUAAUGGAGGAUCUGCCAAUGUAACCCAUCUAAAGAUACUGAAGCUCACCAAGGAAGAUGAUGGUGUAUAUCAGUGUGAAGCUGCAUUUGAAUUAGGGAAAAGUGUAGGAAAGCUGAAGCUUAAAGUUCUGUCCCUCAUGGUGCCUCUCAAACCCUUUCUAGCAAUCGUGGCUGAAGUUGUUGUUUUAGUAACUAUUGUUUUCCUUUGCGAGAUGUAUUCAAAAAAGAGAGAGAGAUGUGCAACAGAUGAAAAGGAAUUUGACCAAGCUGAGCAUCUUAAAUUUGAAGAAAGCAAUGGUCUGGAAAAGAGUAGUGCUAGGCACAGAAAAAUAUAA